UUAAUGUAUAGAAUCUGUUUGAAAUAUAUUGUAAUACAGCUGAAAAUUUUUGACAGUAUUUCUUCGAUUCUUGAACGAGUUUGUCAAGAAAGUUGGAAAAAUUAUUUACUGUAAAAUACAUAUAAAAAUCUUUAUUUAACUCUUUCUUUAAUAUAUAGUUAAUAAAUUUAUUUAUAAAAGUAAUAUAAAUUUGAGAAAUUGAAAAAUUUUACCAACAAAAACUGCGUAGUAAACAUAUAUACUUUCAAUAAUAAGUUAUAAUCAAAAAAGUGACAAAAAAUGCCAACCAUUGAUAUUAGUGAAAUAAAAAUUGUCGAUGAUAGUUUCAAUAAAAAUGAUAUUAUCAAUGACAUAAUAAAAAAUCAAAAUCAAGAAGAUGCUUUUCAUAUUUUGGAUGUUGGUGAAGUUGUAUCAAGGCAUAAAUUAUGGUUGGAGAAAAUUCCUCGUGUUACACCUUAUUUUGCCGUGAAAUGUAAUCCUAAUCCAACUGUGAUUAAAAUUAUAGCUGAUAUGAAUGGAAAUUUUGAUUGUGCAUCGAAGAAAGAAAUAACUGAUGUUAUGAAAUAUAACGUGUCCGGUGAACGUAUUAUUUUUGCUAAUCCAAUGAAAGCACAAUCACAAAUUAAAUUUGCAAAAGAAGUUGGUGUUGAUAAAUUAACUGCCGAUUGUGAAUUCGAACUUUAUAAGAUAAAAGAUUUGUUUCCAGAAGCAAAGAUAGUUAUUCGUAUUCGUUGUGAUUCAAAAGUUACGGAAAAUAAUCUUGGACAAAAAUAUGGAUGUAAUCCAAAUGACGAAGUUUUUGAAUUAAUAAAUUUGACAAAAUCAUUGAAUUUAACUUUAUAUGGAUUUAGCUUUCAUGUUGGUAGUCCUUGUGGUGAUUUAAAUGCAUAUGAUGAGGGUAUAAAAAUUGCUAAAAAUUUAAUCGAUUAUGCCAAAUCAAUUGGUUGUUAUGAUGCUUGUUUAAUCGAUAUUGGUGGUGGAUUUCCAGGCGAAAAUGAUUUUGACUUAGAUAAGAUAGCAAAUGUAAUAAACAAAUCAAUCGAGAACAUUGAUCCAUCAAUAAAAAUUAUAAGUGAACCAGGAAGAUAUUAUGUUACAGCAGCUUUUACUGCUGUUGCUCAUUUAAUUGGUAAAAAAAUAAUACAAUCUGGUAAUGAUGAAAUGAAAAUGUAUUACGUUAAUGAUGGAACUUUUGGUUCAUUUAUAGAAGAAAUGUUGAACUUGAAACAACGUUAUCCAAUUUCCCUAAAUGGGACUGAAAAUAAUACAAAAUUUCUUUCAUCAUUAUGGGGACCAACAUGUGAUGCAUUUGAUUGUAUAUUAAAAAAUGUUUUUUUACCUGAUUUUAAAGUUAACGAUUGGCUAAUUUGGAACGAUAUGGGCGCUUAUACCUUAGCGUGUGCAAGUAGUUUUAAUGGCUUUCAAGGUCCUGAAAUUUAUCCAUUUAUUCGAAAAAAAGAUCAGUAUACUUUGAAACAACUAAUAUCUAUCGUCAAUAACAAGAAAAUAAAUUCUCAAUUUUAAAUAUCACACAAGGAAUAAAAUAGGAAGCAGACAAUUAAAAUUCGAGUAAAAUCGUAUAUGUAUAUAUUAAUUAUUGACUGCAUUUCAAAACCAUGACCUUUUUAAAAAAAAAUAAAUGAUAAAUGUUUUUAAUAUUUUAUUAUAAUUGAAGAAAGAAUAUAUUAUCCGUGUUAUAAAAAAAAAAUUUAUCUGGUUGGAAUAACAAUAGUUUAUUCUAUAAUCUGCGACGAGAUAUUUAUGUUUAAAUAAAAAAUUUUAUUUUGUUACUUUGAAUAUAAUAUAUAUGUAAUAUUUUUAACCUUUUAAAAAAAGUAAAAUUUGUAAAAAUGAAUAAAUAAAAUAUUAUAUUUCUAA